AAUGCUAAAGAGAAUAAGGGAAAGUGUAAAACAGCGCGUCUUUUUCCUUCGUGCUACAAAAAUAUUUAAUUGUUUGUAAUUAAUUUCAAUUUUUUCUUUAUAUCAUAUUUAAAAUAAAUAAGUAGUUAGAAAAUUUCUAAGAACAAAUCAGAGAUGACCGAAGAAGAAGUGGCAGCAGAGGCUUCCACCUCCGCGCCAAAAGAUGAUGUAUAUUUUCUGCAGUUUAUUGAAAUGGAAAAUUUUAAGUCGUAUCGCGGACAUGUAAUUGUUGGACCACUUAAGAAGUUCACUGCAGUUAUCGGCCCUAAUGGCUCAGGAAAAUCGAAUUUCAUGGACGCAAUCAGUUUUGUUAUGGGUGAAAAGACUUCCAGUUUACGUGUGAAGCGCCUCAAUGACCUAAUUCAUGGUUCAUCUAUUGGUAAGCCAGUCUCGCGUAGUUGCUAUGUAACUGCUAAAUUUCUCAUCAACGAUGAGAAGCAAAUGGACUUUCAGCGUGCCGUUAUUGGCGGAUCAUCCGAAUAUCGUAUCAACGGAGAGAAUGUGUCGAGCAGUGUUUAUUUGUGUACAUUGGAGAAAAUGGGAAUAAAUGUUAAAGCAAAAAACUUUUUGGUAUUCCAAGGCGCUGUCGAAAAUAUUGCAAUGAAAACACCAAAAGAGCGUACAGCAUUAUUUGAGGAGAUAAGCGGAUCUGGUUUGCUUAAGGAAGAUUACAAUCGUUUAAAGCAAGAAAUGAAUUUGGCAGAAGAAGAAACACAAUUUACAUAUCAAAAAAAGAAGGGUAUGGCAGCUGAGCGCAAAGAAGCAAAACAUGAAAAAAUGGAAGCAGAACGUUAUGCCAGAUUAAAAAAUGAAUAUAAUGAGAAACAAGUAGAGUAUCAACUAUUUCGUCUGUUUCACGUUGAAAACGACAUAAAAAAACUUAAUCAUGAUUUGGAAUCAAAACAACAGGACGUUAAAGCCGUUGAAGUGCGCAAAGAGCAAGCCGAUGAGGUUUUACGGGAGAAGAAGAAAGAUGCGGGCAAAUUCUCACGUGAUUUGGCCAAAAUCGAGCAAGAGAUACGUGAAUUUGAAACGCAAAUGAAUAAAAAACGCCCGUUGUACAUUAAAGCAAAGGAGAAGGUGGCACAUUGUCAGAAAAAGUUGGCGUCGCUGCAGAAAACGCUUGAAACUGCGCGAGAGGCGGAUAAUGCACAUCAACAAGACAUUCGCAAAUUGGAAAAACAGUUAGCGGAUGUGGAAGCAUUAAAAAAACGUUAUGAGGAUGAUCUCGAAAAUGAGUCUCAACGUCGUGGAAAAAGCGUAACAAUGGAGGAGGGCUUGGUGCAAGAGUACGAUCGUCUCAAACAGCAAGCGGAAGCCACAGCUACACAAUAUCGUUCGCAAUUAGAUUCAGUGAAUCGUGAACAAAAAUCCGAUCAAGAUAUGUUGGAUGGUGAAGCCAAUCGUAAAGCAUCGGUGGAGGAGUCCUUAAAAAAGUUGACAUUACAACGCGAAGAAGCAGUGAAACGACGAGACAAGCUAAUGGAUCAUAUAAAGUCAUCACAGGCGGCAUUAGAGGAACAAAAUCGUAUUAAAGAUGAACUGCGACGUGAUGUGGGUUGUUCCAAAGAAAAGAUAGCUGAAAAGCAACGGGAACUAGAAAACGUGCGCGACCAGCUCGGCGAUGCAAAGAGUGACAAGCACGAAGAUGCGCAUCGCAAAAAGAAGCAGCAAGUUGUUGAGCUGUUCAAGAAGCAAGUGCCGGGUGUGUAUGAUCGCAUGAUAAACAUGUGUCAGCCAACACAUAAACGCUACAAUGUCGCGGUUACAAAAGUGUUGGGCAAAUAUAUGGAAGCCAUUAUUGUUGAUACCGAAAAGACCGCAAGACACUGCAUUCAGAUAUUAAAAGAGGAAAUGCUGGAAGUGGAAACAUUUCUACCGUUAGAUUACUUACAAGUGAAGCCUCUCAAAGAACGUUUGCGAAACAUUACUGAACCGCGCAAUGUCAAACUUGUUUUCGAUGUACUCAAAUUCGAACCACCUGAAAUAGAGCGUGCUGUCCUCUUCGCUACGAAUAAUGCAUUGGUGUGCGAGACACCCGAGGAUGCUAUGAAAGUGGCUUAUGAAAUUGAUCGUACACGUUAUGAUGCGCUCGCCUUGGACGGUACCUUCUACCAGAAGUCUGGUAUUUUGUCUGGUGGUAGUCACGAUUUGGCGCGCAAAGCUAAACGUUGGGAUGAGAAACAUAUGGCACAAUUGAAAAUGGAAAAAGACAAACUGAACGAGGAGUUAAAAGAGCUGGUGAAGAAAUCGCGUAAACAAAGUGAACUGGCUACCGUAGAGUCGCAAAUCAAGGGUUUGGAAAAUCGACUAAAGUACAGUAUGGUGGAUUUGGAAUCAUCGAAAAAGUCGAUACAACAAUUCGAUAAUCAACUCAAGAUGGUGCAAAGUCAACUGGAUGAAUUUGGCCCAAAAAUCAGCGAGAUUGAACGGCGUAUGACGAAGCGCGAAGAACAUAUUCAAGAGAUUAAAGAGAAUAUGAAUAAUGUUGAGGACAAGGUGUUUGCUUCGUUCUGCAAACGUUUGGGCGUGAAGAAUAUACGUCAGUAUGAAGAGCGCGAACUUGUUAUGCAGCAAGAGCGUGCACGAAAACGCGCUGAAUUCGAACAGCAAAUCGAUGCUAUCAAUACACAAUUAGAUUUUGAGAAGCAAAAGGACACCAAAAGGAAUUUGGAACGUUGGGAGCGUGGUGUGCAAGACGAAGAAGAUGCGUUGGAGGGCUUAAAGGCGGCAGAAAAACGUUAUCUCAAGGAAAUCGACGAGGAUAAAGAUAAAAUGGAGAAGCUGAAGCAGGGAAAACAAGCCAAAAAGCAAGCAGCUGACGACAUGGAAGAAGAUAUCUCCAAAGCCAGGCGCGAUGUUUCCAAUUUGGCAAAGGAAAUACACAAUUUAGGCAGCCAGAUUUCAGCGAUCGAGGCAAAAAUCGAAACGAAGAAGAACGAGCGUCACAAUAUUUUGAUGCAGGCGAAGAUGGAUUGCAUAGCUAUACCGUUGCUCAAGGGUUCGCUCGACGAUGCCGUGCGUCAAGGCGACUCUGAAACAAAUACUACUUCAACUUCACUUAUUUUAGAACGUGAAAAUCAAAUCGAAGUCGAUUACAGCAGUCUACCGCGUGAAAUUUGCAAGCUGAAAGAUGAUUCCUCCUUCAAAAAAAUGAACGACACACUACAAAAGGAUCUACAAUCAAAAUUGGAUAUACUUGAGCGCAUACAAACACCGAAUAUGAAAGCCAUGCAGAAGUUGUCACUCGUCACCGAAAAAAUACAAUCGACCAAUGAGGAAUUCGAAAAUGCACGCCGCAAAGCGAAAAAGGCAAAAUCGGCCUUUGAAAAGGUGAAGAAUGAGCGUUCCGAGAAAUUCAUCCAAUGCUGCAAUCACAUAUCCGAUGCUAUUGAUGGUAUUUACAAAAGUUUAGCGCGCAAUGAAGCGGCACAGGCGUAUCUCGGUCCGGAUAAUCCGGAAGAACCGUAUUUGGAUGGCAUCAAUUAUAAUUGUGUUGCGCCGGGUAAACGUUUCCAGCCGAUGAGCAAUUUGAGCGGUGGCGAAAAGACCAUUGCUGCCCUUGCUUUGCUCUUCUCGAUACACAGCUACCAACCGGCACCGUUCUUUGUGCUGGACGAAAUCGAUGCAGCGCUGGAUAACACCAAUAUUGGCAAAGUGGCAUCCUAUAUACGCGAUCACACAAAUAAUUUACAGACAAUUGUCAUUUCGUUGAAGGAGGAGUUCUAUGGACACGCCGACGCCUUGGUGGGCAUAACACCAGCGGAGGGCGAUUGUUUGAUUUCUAACGUUUACCUGUUUGAUUUGAGCGUCUUCGAUGAUAAGUAACGAUUUCGAGUUUUUUUUAUUAACCAAAUUAAUUUACAGAAAACCAUUAUGCUUUACACAUAUUUCUUUUUCACCAUAUACAUAUAUAUGUACUGUUAAUAACCAAACGAACACAUUCAUAGGGAAUAAAAGUAAUAAGUAAAAAGUG